GAGCUGUUUAGUUAAGCUGACCGGAAAUCAGUCUAUUUGUUCACAGUGAACUGAGCUUUGUGUUUCUUCAAAUAUUACUAUUACAAACUGUCAGACGUGGCUGAACUUCGGGAAACAUGGAACAAGUCGGGAACAAGUAUUUGUGCCAGGAUUAUUUCAGCUUUGCGUUCCUCAAUGAACAUGCAAUUUGAGGAUGGUAUAUUCACCAAAGAUUACAUCAGGACGAUGGCGUAUAUGAUGGUGUUGUGUUUCACACUGGCAAUUUCAUUAUCAUUUUGGGUCCUUUCCAUAACUGCCAGCACAUACUAUGGUACUCUGCAGCCAGUAUCACCAUGGCGGUGGCUGUUCUCCGUGCUUGUCCCUCUUUUCAUCACAUUUCGAGCCUUUAAACGCAAGAAUCUUGAUCAUGGUGGUGCCGUAGGAGCGAUGCUGGUUGGCUUUGUUCUUACUAUGGCCAACAUGAGCUUUUUUGGAGCUUUGUUGACCUUUUUUGUCACAUCCAGCAAACUAACCAAAUGGAAGGGAGACAUCAAAAAACAAAUUGAUUCAGAUUAUAAAGAAGGAGGCCAGAGGAACUGGUUGCAAGUUUUCUGUAAUGGUGGAGUUCCUACUGAAUUGGCCCUGCUCUAUAUGAUUGAAGUUGGUCCUGGAGAAAUACCUGUGGAUUUUGGAAAGCAGUAUUCCGCUUCAUGGAUAUGCUUAUCACUCUUAGGAGCCCUGGCUUGCAGCACCGGGGACACCUGGGCUUCUGAAGUUGGUCCUGUGCUUAGUAAGAGAAAGCCCAGGCUCAUCACCACCUGGAAAGAUGUCCCAGCAGGUACCAAUGGCGGAGUCACUCCUGUUGGAUUAGUGGCCAGUGUUUUGGGUGGAGGCACAGUGGGAACAGCGUACUACUUCAUGCAGCUCCUGUUGGUAAAAGAUCUGCAUUUAGCAGUUCCUCAGUGGCCUAUCAUCUUGUACGGAGCAAUAGCUGGUCUGCUUGGAUCUCUGCUAGAUUCAUUCCUCGGUGCAACCAUGCAGUAUUCAGGAUACGAUGAAUCCAUUGGGAAGGUUGUGAGUUAUGAGUCACCAAGCGUUAAAAGAAUAUGUGGGAAACCCAUCCUGGACAAUAAUGGAGUGAAUCUGUUCUCUUCUGUACUCAUAGCACUAUUCCUGCCUGGGUUUGCUUGGAUAUUCUGGGCUAGGCAUUGAAUCAUGUGCUUUUAAUUGUGUAUCAUGUCCCUUUUAGGAUAAAAAGCAGUUUAUGCUAAAAACAUUGCCAUUACCAUAACACCUAAUUUUUUUUUUUUUUUUUUUU